AGUUAAGACCUGCUAGAUCACCUUAGGCUGGCCCCUUUUACAGGUAUAGCUAUGUAACACAUUAAAAAUAAGUGUCGCUCUUUCUCUUGCAGCCGCCGCCAUGCCUACUAAGCUAAAAAAGACGAGGAAGCUCCGUGGAAAUGUCAGUCACAGCCAUGGUCAUGUUGGCAAACACAGAAAGCAUCCUGGUGGUCGCGGUAAUGCCAGUGGUUUGCAUCAUCACAGAAUCAACUUUUAUAAUUACCACCCUGGUUACUUUGGUAAGGUUGGCAUGAGGCAUUACCAUCUGAUGAAGAAUCAAAAAUUUUGUCCCAUAAUUAACUUGGACAAACUGUGGAUUUUGGUCAGUAAACAGACCAGACUGGACCACGCUAGGAACACGAAGGGACCAGCACUAGUCAUUGACACAAUGCACGCCAAUUAUUUCAAGGUGCUUGGCAAAGACAAGCUCCCCAAGCAGCCAGUCAUUGUAAAAGCCAAGUUAUUCAGCCGACGAGGCGAGGGGAAGAUUAAAGGUGUCGGCGGUGCUUGUGUGCUGGUAGCAUAA